CCGGCCGGGCUCUCCCCCCUCCUUCCCUCGGGGACCGGUGACUCGGGGGCCGCGGCGAGCCCGGCGGCGGCCAACCCGCUUUGCCACCGCGUCCGUGGUUGCCGGGGCGGCCGCUGUUCGGAUGCCUCAGCUGAAAGGCACCGGCCGCCAAACAACCCGCCCGUGCGCCGGGCCCCCUCUCCGCCCCUCCCGGCCGCGCUCGCCUUCCCGGGAGCGGCUACGAGCAGCCCGGCAGUGUUGCCUAGAGAGGGAGCGAACCCGACGCGCAGCACCGCCGCCCCAUCCCUCACGGACGAGCGGCCGCCGGGGUCCGAGCGCCCCGGGUGUUCCCCCGUCCGGCCGGAGAGCGGCGAGGGCCCUGGCAGCAGCCGCAAGCGGACAUGCACUGUGAGCUCGCUGCGGCUCAGAAAGGCAGCGCCCGCGUCGAGGUGAGCGACAAAUGCCACGGAGCGCCUCAGAAGGCUCUGCCGCGGGUGACUCGUCCCGGCGCUGGUAAAGCUCACUUGAAUCCUCAGAUGUCCUUUAAAAUAUCUGUCAGCAACGGCAGUGACCACACGGAGCCUCAGCAGAGCCCCCCUGAAAUGUCAGCACCUCUGCUAGAUUUCAUCCCAAAACGACCCAGCAUAUUCGAGAGGAUUCCGAUUCUGCCCAGGGCGCAGGAGCUGCGAUGCGCUAGAGGCUCGAAAGAUUAUUUCCAGCAGCAGAAACAUCAAAGCGUGAAGGUGAACGGUGGCUACAAUCACUGCAGUUUGAUCUCUGAGAAGAAGAACAUGAUGGACAUGGAGAUGACGAGUAGCUCGGUGCCUGUCUGCAGGCAAGGUCUGUUCCUCCACACAGGGAACUCCCUGGUGCGAGACCACGCGCUGUCCCGGGAGAGGCUCCUGCACGUGGGCCAGCUCAACUUGGCACACUCGGAUCUCAGGUCACCCAGGUUUCAAGAUUCAGUAGAUUCUGCUGCUCCAUGCCUGAAUGGAAGUCACCCGGCUCAGCACAUUAAACAAGAAUGCCCCAGUGAUUAUAAGGUUCUGUCUGAGGCUUCCACACAUAGGAGGAUUACAGAGGGGAUGGAGCUGAGAGCCUCUGGUAGUCUGCAUCCUGAACUAGACCUAAUGAAUAAUAGCUUUACAAAUUCACUUUCAUCCUACUUGUUUAAUAAUGAACACAGCUCCUCCCUGGGUCCUUUGUCACUUGGCACCCCUCAGCACUCGGCCAGGCUACAAACAAGCAACCUGAAGAAGAGAUGCAUCUCUGUUGUGCCGUCUUCAGCUGAAGGAAUCGAUAUUACAGCGAUCAUCCGCACGUCGCAGACGUCACUGGUCACCUGUGUGAAUGGACUGCGAACUAACUCAGCUGGCAUUUCCUCUCAUCCUGUGGAGAUCAGUCAUCACAGUGCUCAAAAAUCCUCUCAGCCCCAAUCUUGCUCUCAGCCUGGAAACCCUUGCAGUAUUCCCUCCCCUCCAGCAUGUCUUGUACCUCUUUCCACUGAAUGUGACAGAGGUGACUGUGAGCAGAUACAAAUGCAGCAAGCCGAGGAGAAUGGCAGCCUCAGCCUUAUGAUGAAUGGUACGAGCCUUCCUCACCAGAACUCCUCGCACGGCACCCAGAAGGUGAGUUUCUUAAAACAAGAACCAGCUGAUGAUUAUUCCUCCACUGCUGAUCUUUUUCGCCAUCACCAGGGGCUGCCUCCCCCUUACCACCUGCACCAGCAGCUCAGCCAGACCCCAGGGACAUUGCCUCACCUCAGCACCUCCAUGUCUCCCAAGUCCCUGCAGCCCAGCGACGGCGAUGAGCAGGACCUCAGCAGUGGCAAGCAGGUCUGUCAGUGGAUUGACUGCAGUGCCACUUACGACCAACAAGACGAACUGGUCAGACACAUAGAAAAGACUCACAUUGACCAGAGGAAAGGAGAGGACUUCACUUGCUUCUGGGCAGGCUGUGUCCGCCGCUAUAAACCCUUCAAUGCUCGUUACAAACUGCUGAUUCAUAUGAGGGUUCACUCUGGAGAAAAACCAAACAAGUGCAUGUUUGAAGGGUGCAACAAGGCAUUUUCUAGGCUUGAGAACCUCAAGAUUCACCUCCGGAGUCAUACUGGAGAGAAGCCAUACCUGUGUCAGCAUCCUGGCUGCCAGAAAGCUUUCAGCAACUCCAGCGAUCGGGCGAAGCAUCAGCGGACACACCUGGAUACCAAGCCCUAUGCCUGCCAGAUUCCCGGCUGCUCCAAGCGCUACACCGACCCCAGCUCCCUGCGCAAGCACGUCAAGGCUCACUCGGCCAAAGAGCAGCAGGUGCGUAAGAAGCUAAAGUCUUGUACUGAUAUUGAGCAAGACGUACUCAGUGAAUGCUUAGCUAUCCAACAGCUCCACACGUCUUCACAGCACAUCCUGGAUGGGAAGUGUGGCAGAUCUGUAGGUCCUCAUGAUUUAAUUACAGGCAUGUACAGUGGAUCCAGCACCAACCACAAUGGCCCCUCCCCAGCUGUGCUGCCGCCUCCUCAUGACAUUCCUUCAAGGCACCUUCCCCUCGACUCUGCCCUGGCCAGCCCACAUCACCACCAGUCGCCGCUGGAGACUGCCAGGGACGGGUUUGGAUGAGCACAGAGAACUUCGCUCAGCUAAUGUGAGAAACCUCUCAAAGGGUACAACCCGAACUGUGACUCACUGAGGAAUCAGGCUGUGUUUGCCCUAGUAAGACUCUCUCAGUGUCAGAGCCAUGGGCUUUCUCACUUCCUUGCUCUCUGAUAAGGUUCUGUGCAAUGCACCCCUCAGCAGCAGGCUGUACCAAGCCAGAUCCCAGUCAGGGGAGAGUGUUGAAUCCCACUGAUUGUGUGGAUUGCACUGCUACAGCACAAUACAAUUCCGUGGCUACAGGCUGUGAUACUUCUAAAGCACCGUUUGCUCAAGGCUCUUGUAACGUCUUCUCAACAGUAAAGAAUCUCUGCAAGCCACAAAACUCUGCUCUAACCUUUUUACUCAGAUUUUUUUGGUGCCUGGCCUCAUGCAAAUUCAGCUUCAUACUUUUACAGUUUUACUUCCCAGCACUUUGAAUGGAGAAAAGACUCUGAUUUGGCUUUACUGAUGGGAAUUUAAGAUACAGAGAGAUUAAAGGAUUUUCUUCCCUAAAGAACAUGUUGGUGUCCUUUAGCAAAUACAACAAUUAAAUGUAGAGUUUUCCCAUCCUAAUCCAGUGAUUGACCUUUCCAUUCUUUCAUAUGGGGCAAGGGAAGCCCAGAAAGAUUUUAAGCAAAGGGCAGAACGCAGAGUGUGUGUGGCAUUGAAGAGGUACGAUAAGGAAAUUUACACUUGGGGUGAUUGGAGAACGAUCUAAUUGAGGAAAUUCAGUUAGGAGCAAAUUAGUCCUUAUUUUCCUAAUUGGGGAAGGAAUUCUGCAGCAAUCUGAGCUUCUGUACCCUCUGCUCCUUCAGCUUUCUCUUCUGACCUCAGCCGGUAGCAGGCAGCAGUGUCCCCCUCCCAGGAUGAUGGAUGGACUUAUCCUGUCCUUGUCCCAUAAAAUGCCUGUGCCAGCCCUUCCCUGCCCUGCCCCAUUCCCGAUCUUGUAUUUCCUGCUGGCACACUCAUUCCCAUGGCACAGUCGUGGCCAGCAGGAGGCACUGGAAAUUACUCCAGAUAAAUCAAAGUUUUCUGUAGCAGAGAAGGCAGUAGAGCAAAUCAGAGGAAUGGAGACAGACAUUCCAAAGUGAAGGUCAUCCAUGAGCUGUUCUUUCCCUGCAGAAUGACCUGAGCCUGUUGGAGUG